UGAUCAUCAUACAGAUUACAGAGCAAGAAACAAGCAAUUUCUACGAAAAUGGCGAUGGAAGCAUACGCCUCGAAAUACCCGGACAAAAUCCAUACGGACGUCCUCUCUGACGCUAGACAAGCUUGCUACAAGGCUCGCGAUGCAUUCUACGCAUGCCUAGAGAAAGAAUCGAACAAGAAACCCACAGAAAUCGCCUCUGUAGGUCUCCUAUAUCCUGUCGAAUGCAAGAAAACUAGACAAGAUUAUGACAACGUCUGUCGUCGCACUUGGGUGAAGCAUUUUGAUAGGCAGUAUUGUGCUAAGAAGAGGGUUCAAAGGCUUUUGGAUGAUAAUGAAUCAAGGAGAGGUCCGAUUUCACUUCCACAGACUUCUACCUUCAAAUCACCUAAUUGACAGUAUGUUUCUUCACUUUAAUUUCUUGUAAUCUUAGAUAUACUUGGGUUGAAUUUGGUUUCUGAUUGUGAUGAAUGAUCAAUUAUGAUAAUGGAUUUGCAUUUGUAUAGUGAUCAAAUAACUACGCUUGAUAGUUUGCUUAGAUUC